CGACAGUCCUUUACUCUGUACGGUGCGUUGCAGUUCGCUCACACACACAUUCUCAGUUUCGCACGGUGCGAUGUCCUUCUAAGUGUCGCGGCUCGAUUAUAUCCACACUGUGCGCCCUCUGCAUUCAGGAUUAACCCCCUUCUCAUGCUAUGGGUCCUAUUUCUUGUAGAGUACCAUUAGUGUAUUAAGUGAUAUUUAGUGAAUAAACCAAAUUUUUAUGAAUUAGUGCAACAUGAAGCCAUCUUUACUUUUUAUUUUUCUCUUAUUCUUCCUCAGUGUCAGCGCCCAAAGGAGAGCACCAACAAAACCCGACACCCCGGAACCGGAAAAACCUCAAUCGCCUCCCAGAGGGCGCGGCAGAGCCCGUUUCUCAACGACCCCCGAAUUCACCAAAAUCUCGGAAACCCAAAAAGACGAGAGCGCGCCUGCGAGAAAGCGCGUCAAUCCGGUCGCGUUGGAAAGAAGAACGCCGCCUGCGAUACCCAGCAGGACUUACGCCGUCCAGGAGAACGUCGAGGACUCUCCCAUCGAGUCGUUCAGAAGGCAGAGCAAGCCCAGGAUACUGACUGAGUCCAGGUUCGAAGCUAGAAACGCUCCCAAAAAGGUAGUGUCGGAACCUGCAAGUAAACCUGAUACAGUGGAUGAGUUGUUUAAUUCCUAUGGUAGUAAUGCGGCCGAUAAAACUGAAGCUGCCACUGCGGAGACCACAGUAAAACAGGAGGUUACGUCGGAAGCUGAGAGUAGCACGGCUAGUACUGAGGCGGCUAAGCAAGAGAAUGAGAUCAAAAGGGAAACGACUAGAUCGCAAAGUGAGGUAACCACACCUAAAACUGCUCCAAAACGUAGGACCAACGUUAUAAGAUCAAGAGUUAACCCUUCGCAAGUACCGGCUGAAAGCACCACAACUGGACGGUCCAGAGUACGCACCAGAGCAACCAGAAGACCUGACGAAUCCAGUUCUACUGCAGCACCUUUGUUAAGAUCCUCUGGAAGGAGUAGCAGACGCAAUGGUGCAUCGCUUUUUGUGGCGGAAGAGUCCCAAGAUGCACCAUCAAGAUCUAGAACAGGUAGACGUAUCAACGCUAGAGAAGAAGUAGUACCGGGUGAUUUAAUCACUGCGAGCACCACAAGAACUAGAGUGGUAACCAACAGAAAACCUUUGGGUUCCACUACAAUAAAGCCUACUACGGGUAGACGUGGUAGUUCCAGGUUUGCCUCCAGUUUGCCUUCAACAACCACAGUUAUACCUGCAAGAGAUGCCGUUACUCCCAAGAAAACCCUGAGGUCUAGAACGAGAGUAACUCCCCCGGUAUUCGAUGAAACGAAACUGGAGGUGUUGCCUCUCUUCGAGGUGGAAGCCAAAACAGUUCUGCCACCGGGGGAUAUUCUCAAACCCAGCGCUUCCGGCAGCAAGUCCCGCUACCCGUCGAAACCAAACGACAUCUCUUCGAGGGUAACGGUCUCGCACAGGGUGGAAACAAGACGGCAAACGUACUUCAGGCAAAAAACAACCACGAGAAAACCUCAGAUCAAGGAAACCGUGGUAGCCCAAAUCUCCGAGGUGACAUCGAGAAGCAGCAGGAAGAGGAACAACGAAAUACCUGUGGAUGCCAAGAGUAGAGUAACUCAGCCCAGGAUUUCUAUCGGCUCGGUCGCAAGUAGGCGUAAGCCCGCCUCCGCUCUGAACAGGUCCACGCUCACGAAAUCAGAAGAGGAGAUCGAUGACUCCGAUAACUACCCACCGCAGUUCAAGGCCUUAUUGCAAGCUAAAAAACUCAAACAGGAGUCAAGGCCGACUGCCGCAGCAACUAGCUCGUCUUCGUCGGAGAAAGAAGAGAGCAUCAACAACCCGACGACGCCUACUACGAGCGUAACAACGGAAGUGCCGGUUGCACGCGUCAUCAGCAGUACGGUCGCUUCGAGUACGACUGGUGCCGUUAGGGCCAAAGAGGUUUUGGAAGCAGAUAAUGAAGUUGUUCCGAAAGCAACUCCCCCAUCUUUCAGACCGACAAGGAGGGCAAAAGCCAAAAUCACGACAACCCUAAACGCUGCCAAACGUCAAACUACCUUUGGUAGGUCAAGCAAAUUUUCCAGGUCUACCACAACCACCACAACUUCACCACCAAUAGUUAGUAAAGGAGACCACAGAUUCCACUCGAAAUACACCACAAAAACCGAGUAUUCCGAGAGUAGUACAGUCCAAAACGAUAAGUCGGCCUACGUAAAACCUUCCCGAGGCGUGUACAGUAGCAGAAAAAGUAAAGAAUCCUUUAGACAAGUCAAAUCAGCGAAAAUUCCAUCUGAACCAAUAAUACAAUCCGCCCAGAUCACUCGUGGCAAUACUUUGGCCAAAAAAUCGAGUAGGUUCAGUUCCAAGUAUCGCGGCGACACCUCUGGCCGAGGUUCCGUACUGCACACCAGAUCAACAACGAGUGCGCCAGCGUACAUUCCCACGAUUCCCACCGCCGCCUAUGUUCCAACUAUACCGACGUUGAACCCACCUUCGACUGGAAAAUGGAGGAAGGGGCAUUUGGACAAAGACUUGGGACUCGAGGUUUUAACCAUCGAUGAUCCUGUUUUUACAGUUCCAUCCGCAAACUUAGUCAACGAAGAUUUCGUAUCCUCCACCUCUAAUUCCCUGGUGACGUCCGAGAAGUCAGUGUCCAUAAUAGAGAGCGUAAUAAACGCCAUUAAGGCGAUUUCGACGACCGCCUCCCCGGAUUCAACGUCUCUGUUAACGACCGCGCAAAGCGAACCCGGUUCGGCCAUACAGAAAUUGGCGCCGAAAAAACUCAACGACAAGACAAACGACUCGACAGACAAUAGCGUGACGACCGAAAAACCAACGACAAUAAUCGAGCGCAUUUUGAGUUCGAUUAAUGCGAUCGAAGCCGACGACACGAACUCGAACAAAGUAGGUACCGAUGAUUAUAACACUGUAAGCUUUCCAAGUACCACACCCAUGUCCAGAGUAGCUAAAUCCACUAGUAGUAGCGACCUAUCUGCACAAUCUAGCACCAUAAACCCCUUAAGUGUUCUAGACGGGAUUUCCGAAGACACCGUUCUACAAAAACGCACCAUCGGCAAGUUGUUGUCACUCUUGAACAGUUACACCUCACCCCGAUCCAAUUUGGUUCAUGUCACACCCAAAGUUUAUCCGCCUGUUUCUUACUCUGCCUCCCCGGCACCACUUUCUCUCUUGAAUCUAGACAGUACGACCGUAACUGACAAUGACAUUAGCAAAGAUACUAGUACCACCACUACCACUGAUUCUCCUACAGUAACAGCUACUGUAGUUGAAGUUGGUACUAGUACCGAACCACCAUCCACCACCACAUCAUCAUCAACUAGUACGGAUAUUUCCUCGACGGAAACUAUUCCUCCUAGCACCGAUAUUACAACAGAUUCAUCUCGCACCACACAAGAUACUUCCAACGAUUUAAACGUCCUAAACUUGUUCGUUGCCCCUGGAGCCACAGUUUCAUUGGCCGAAGGAACCACCACUCCAGAAACUACAGUUACUGAUAGUACCGAAACAAUAUACACAGUCGCACCUACACUUUCAACUCUAUCGAACUUCGAAGUAAGUCCUCAAAGCGUUUCUGUUUUCUCCGCUAACGAUCUUUCUAAUACCAUAACAACCGACGAUAGCGUAUUUAGUACUGUUACGAUCUCCGCCAGAGGAAAUUUCGAGACCGUCACUACAGAAAGCUCCACUACAGAAAGUACUACUACGAUGGAUAGUACUAGUACGGAAAAGAGUAGUACUGUAGAAUCUAAUACUAGUUCUAAUACUGUGGCUAAUCCAACUGAUGUUUCUAACGUAACCGAUUCUUCUCCUAAAAAUGCUAACCGCGGCGGGCGUUUGCUGAACGUAGAGCAAGAUCCGGUCGAUAACUCCUUAGAUAGUAACACCUCUUCUUCAACUCCCGACUACUUCAUUUUCGCCGUGCUGAAUAACAAUACCAUCCUUCGCAAAAGCCCGACGACUUUCCCGACCCAGGGAACCCCGUACAUCGUAGUCGGCGUAUAUCCUAACAAUACCAUUGUAAAGAAGUUCCCCAAUGGUACGGUCGUACCGAUGGAACCUAUAAUCAGGGUAAGCGGUUUCGAUACUCGCGCGAACCCACCGCCCCUACCAGACAUAACUAGUAACCAAGUAACAAGUAAUGAACCUGGAAGCCCUCCGACGGAUAACACAAACUCAACAACGGUUGACUCUAACGAAAACACGGUACCAUCUGCUGAUCUCAUUGGUUCUAGUAAAACCACCACCACCACCGAAAAUACCCCCACUACUGUCAGUAGUACUAGUACUACGGAAAGUACGACCCCUAUUUAUAAAACUACUACUACCUCUAUACCAGUUGGUAACAUUGACGAAAUACUAAGCAUAUCACGAAAUAAAGACGAUAUUAUUAGUAGUAGUAGUAGUACCGAAAAACCCGAACUGUCCAACGAAAUCAACGAUUUAAAUCGCAUUGGUAGAGUUCUAAACCCAAGUACGACCACGAUAGCAAGUACCACUUUAGCAGACUUAGGCUUAAGUACAGUCAAGUUUACUACUCCUAUCCCUACCUUCUCAACUCUGUCCGAAUUAUUGAAUGGACGCACUGUAGAUGCCCUUAACGAUAUCAUUACCAAAUCGAAACCAAAUUAUGAAACCCUGGCGGUUAAUCAGGAUUCAUCCACAUCUACAAUUGCUCCAUUCACUUCGAGCCAAUCAACCGACACAGCAACGGAAACUCCUUCAACAUUAAACCCUCUAUCAGAAACAAUACCACCUCAAACCACCACUGCAGCUCAAACAACAGAAUCUAUAAAAGUUACCACAACAACAUUUAAAAAUGUCGUACCUGCUGUAACCACAGCCUUGCCUUCUAUAACAACUUUCUUCCCUCAAUUGUUCAAUACAAUUUUAUCCACUUUGCAGCCAAUAACAACAACUUACGCAUCACCAACGACAGUGAGAACUCAGCGUGGUAGCACCGACCAAUCACUCGCUGCUACCACAGUGGUGCCAACCACAGUUUCUCCGUACACUAGCAGAGGAAGAAUCGCUUUCUCUGAUACUAUAACUACAGACACACCUAUCGUGACAACGCGUAAAAGAAUCACCACAACAACUGAAAUCCCGACAACUCGUAGGAGAAUCACUACAACAACUGAAAUCCCAACAACUCGUAGGAGAAUCACUACAACAACUGAAAUUCCAACAUUUACUACAACAACAAGAGAGCCCGAAACCACUACUAUGAGAUUUAGAACUACCACAGAACGACAGGUUAGGUUGUACACCACUGAACCUGUUACUAGUACAGAGACAACUACAAAGAAGUUACGGGAGUUGACCGAGGAACAAAAAAUGAAUUUGGCUACGUUAGCUCAGUUGGAAAAGGAACAGGCUGAUUUGUUGGCGCAGUUAUCUCUGCUCACUGGACUGCCUAAUGGUAGAAAACCAGCUGCUAACAACGCCAACUUGGCCAAUAGGAUUAUUGCAAUGGCGAUGGAUAGGGAUAGAGCAAAAUCAACCACUGCAAGCUCUGUUGAAUCAUCUUUCGGUACUACAUUGCAAGGAGGGAAUAAGGAGCCGUCUUUGGAGGAGGUUUUGAAACAAUACAACAUCAAGGGUGUCCAGCAAGUGGCAGCAUCUCCAAAACCUGCAGUUUCAUCGACUUAUGGCACCUCCAAUGACGCUCUAAUUGCCUCAUUAUUGAAAGAGCAAGGAAUCGGACCUACCACCCCAAGUUCUCUGAACGGUGUAUUUACCACCACCAGACGUCCAAGGCCUCAAACCAGACCUCCAGGUCGUCUUAUGCAAGGUUUGAACUGGCUAUUGGACGUUCUUUCCCCCCAACCCCAACCGCAACCUCAACCUAGACCAAGACCGAGAGCAACCACUAGAAGACCAAUAUCCGAAGAAAUUUUGACCAACCAACCGACGCACAUCACCCCCGUGGUGACGAGAGCGCCCCCGAAAACCAGGUUGGGCCCCAACGAGCUCUCGCAAGAAGACAUCCAAAAGUUGAUUAGUCAACUGGAAACGCUGCAAAAGAAUCCCCGGGACGGUAAAGCGUUGGACUUGAGUCAAAUCAAGAGCUUGAACGCCUUGAUCAACACCAACGAAGGGGUUAGGGUGACCUCGUCCGGUGAAAUCGGCACCACGAGACCCUCCAGGUCGCAGAUGACGACCUUCAUGCCCAUCACCACCAAUCACAUUGAACAGGAGGAGACCUACAUCCCCACUUCUUCGUACAGACCUUCGACUGUCUCCCUGCCGGCGGUGAGGUUGAGGCCUGUACCGGGAGUGGACGACAACAACUCAGACCCUCUGAUCAGAGGCAACUUGAUUUCUGCGGCGGUUAACGUUACCAGGGCCAUAUCGAGCUUCCUGGGUUCGGCCCUGCAGGAUGCUAUCCACCAAUUAAAACAAAUGCAUUAUGGCAAUCCCGAUAUUUCUAACCUAUUCCAAAACAUCACCGAGAGCCAAAUAAAUUCAACUAUAGUUUGAAAAAUUGGGUGCAGCGCAUUCCUUUCAAUCCCUAAUCACGAACGGAUCGAGAAUGGUGGGAGGUUUAGCCCAGGGAUCCAGCGCUAGACCAGCCUUUUAAACUUUUUAAAAAAUAGAAAUUUUAAUUUAUUGAAUUCCUACGUAUUCUGAAAUUCAGAUCCACCAUAGUCAAGUGUACUUUUUGAGAAUACGACUUGUCGAUAAUUUUGCAACUUGUGCCUUUUAAAAGUACACUUCACCACUUAGACUUAUUUUUUAAUAUUC